AUGAAAUUGGAAAUUUCAGACAUUCUAAGAACUCCUAUGUGUGGUUUGCAAGUGUUUUCUGUUCUGUGGUUGUCAACAGAUGCCUAUUCUCUUCAUUUGUGUAGUAAAGGGCUGCUUACUCCAGUUGGCACCACGAUAUGUACAGGAUUUUCCAGAGACAGUGGAGCUACUGACAUAGAUAAUGGCCCAAAUGGACAGAUCGAAUCUAUUAUCCAGUACAAUCCGGAAGAUCGGGGGAAUUCUGGCCUGGGAUUCAGUAUUGCUGGGGGAACAGAUAAUCCCCACAUUGGAGAUGACCCUGGCAUAUUUAUUACAAAGAUUAUACCAGGAGGUGCUGCAGCAGAGGAUGGCAGACUCAGGGUCAAUGAUUGUAUCUUACGGGUGAAUGAGGUCGAUGUGUUGGAGGUUUCCCACAGUAAAGCAGUGGAAGCCCUCAAAGAAGCCGGGUCUUUUGUUCGGCUCUACGUGCGUAGAAGAAGACCCAUUUUGGAGACCGUUGUGGAAAUCAAGCUGUUCAAAGGUCCUAAAGGUAAUAAAAACAUAAAGAAGACAGGAGUGGCCAACUGUUGGGCUAAUGUCUGUGCCACAACCCACUUACAGUGCAUCUUCCUUUGAUAUUCAGUGCCUAGCAUGUGUCCUAGUCACCUUCUGGUUUCUGAAAUGCCACAUCUGAUGCCCCCAGUUUAUGGCAGGUUUAUUUUGGCUCACAGUUUAUAGAAGUUUCAGUCUGUAGCUAGCUGGCUCCGGAGCAGAAGCACAUAGUAGCAGAGGCUGCCCACAAGGAAAGCUGCUCACCUCACAGCAGAGAGGAAACUGAGAGUGAAGGUAGGAAACUGGGAGGAAGACAUUUGCUUCUGGGUCACGCUCUUACUGAUCCGCCUCUUCCGACCAGGCCCCACCUCCUAAUGCCACAUUUAGCCAUUAUGUCCCCAUCAUACAAUCGCCUUUCAAGAUUCCCACCUUUGAGCUUCUGAGGCUUUUGGGCCAAAAUCAAGAUAUAAACUGUAACAGCAACAAACUGGAAAUUCUGCAAUAGUGACUUCUACAAAAGGAUUUAAAAAAAAAAAAACAUUGAAUAUGAGCUCAGAUAAAAACUUAGAUUUGGGUUGGAAUGUUUUUAUAAAUAGUAAUAGCAACAGCCACUUUCACUCUUUUAGAAUUUUUCAAUUUAUUGGUUUAUUAUAGCUUGACUAGCACAUUAACACUCUCUAAUGUUCCGGGUAUAAAUAGUACAUCUUCUCAAUUAGCCAAAUAAUGUAAAUAAUAAAUCUAUAUAUAUAACAAU